UUUAACCUCUCGUAAUUAAGUCUUUUGGUUUUUGCAUUGAGCCUUUCAGGUUUAGUUGCCAUUAUAAAUUCGCAGGAAAGAGACUUAAGCUUAUCAUUUACCUGCGUUGGAAGUUUUUAUUUUUUUAAAAAAAAGUUAAAAUAAUGAAGAAUUCAAGUAUUUUUCUGCAAAUCAUUGUCGUCAUUUUAAUCGCUGAAGAAUCAUCUUCAUUGCUAGCACCAAGUAUCAAGCCGUGCCCCAUAAAUUCCCCAAAUCUUGCCGACUGUGUGAUCAAAGCGAUUGAGAAGUUAAAACCCGAAAUUGGCACCGGAAUUUAUGGUCCAAAUUUAAGAACGGAUGUUAACUUGACAAACUUUAAUCUUGGUGACAUUUCUGUCGAUCGAAGCUUUAAACUUAAAAUGACUGAUAUGCAUGGAUAUGGCUUCAACAACUUUAAAAUUGAAAAGCUUCGAAUAAAUCCUGAGAAUUUCAAAAUUGAUGCGAUCAUGUUCUUUCCACAUGCUGAUGUUUAUUCAAAAUAUUUCUUAGCGUGGAAUUUGGGGAUAUUUACACUUCAGGGAGGAGGAGAUAUGAGCGUGUCCAUUGAUAAAUCCAGAAUUCUUCUUAAAUUUGUCGGUUCCACCUACUUUAAGAAUGGCGUAGAGCACAUCAAAAUUGAUACAAUCCAAAUGACAAUCAAGUCAGCAGAGAUGAGAGUCUACUUUGAUAAUCUUUUUAAUGGACAAAAGGCACUUGAACAGGCAGCUAAUGAAGUUAUUAAUCAAAAUAUUGACAUUAUUAAAGGUGACGUAGUUCCUCUUAUUGAGCAGCGUAUAUCAAGUGUAGUUUUAAAAAUUGCUAAUCAAAUAUUUGCAUCGGGUACUCAUAAAGACUUCUUUCCUGUAAAUUGAACUUGUGAUUCAUUCUUUAAUCUGCUGGAGAAUAAAUAUUUUGAGACAAACAAAUUUU